AUGUCUUUCGCUGCAGCAACCACUGCAACAGGGCAACAACCUGAGGAAGUCCCUCUCACUGACGAAGAACUUGGCUGGCAAUCUGAUACCUGGAAUCGGAAUGAGCAGAGACUUAGAGUGAGGUUUCGAGAUGCCUUAGGGGCAUCGGAUGCAGAGGCCAGGAUACAACGAAUAUUGCGUGAAGUCCCAACCAUGGAACUACCCGCAAACUUUGACGUUGGCACCGCGCUCGAAGAAGAAAGAGCAGAGCAGUUCGCCAGAGCAGGGCCAUUCGCCAGAGGGAGUCUAUUGCCAGUGGCCGCAAUGAGGACAGCAAUCACUCGUAUAUUAAACAACCUGGACAGCGACAGGUUCCGACACCUUGAUAUAUGGCAAGCCGUUUUCGAGCGCACUGGAAAUCCAGCCACAUUCAGAGUGAUCCUUGAAAAGGAGAGAAUUGAAUAUGAAACCAGCGCCACUAGUCCGUGGGGUGACGAAGCUGCCACCGAGGAGAUUAAGGACCAACGGCGAGAAAUCUUGCAAGGGAGACUCCGGUCCCUUUUACUACAAGGUUCCAACGACCAAAUAGAGGCCGUCCAGCAAUCAGAGGGUUUCUUGCUGGAAGAUGAUACAGCAGGGCGAGGGCCAUUCUUUGUGUUGAUGGCAACCUUUCGGACCCAGUAUCGACUAAUACAACGACGUCAGCAAUUUGCAGACGAUGUCAGACAACUCGGUACAGCUGUAAUAGCACGCAGACAAGGGGUCAAUCCUGAACAGACUGAAGCAGCUCGACGUGCCCUUCUUGAGCAAAAUCGCCUGGCCCUGUUAGCAACUCAAGCCCAGGCAGCUGCAAGGGAAGCAGCUCGUAUAGCCCGAGAAGCUCGUGAGCGCGAAGAAGCUCGUGUGGCCGAGCAAGCUCGUGUAGCCAGAGAAGCUCUGCUUGAAGCAGCUCGGAUUGAAGAGGAAAAUCGAGUGGAAGCAGCGCGUGUGGCAGAAGAGGCUCGGGUUGAAGCAGCUCGCCAAGCCGCCCUGGAUGCAGCUAGUCAAACCGAAGCGGAGCGCCUGGCUGCUGAAGCACAGCUGGCUGAAGAACGUAUCCGAUUACAACCAGCUCCUGAUGCCCGAACAACGGAUGGCGGUCGUACGCGUUUCCAGCAGCUUCAAGCACGGAGAGCAGCUGAAAGGGCAGUUGCUCGCGCAGCUGAAAGACGACAAGUAGCUGAACCAGUCGAAGAAGUAGCUGUGGACGGACCUGUACUUGAAGAGCAGCGAACAUGGGAAUCGAUAUUUGCUCCGCGUAGAAGCACAAUUAUCGUCUCUGGUUUCCCAGCAGUGGGAAAAACCACCUUCUCUGACCUGCAGGAGCAGGCGCAAUUGGUAGAAAGAUUUCCCGGUCAUGUAUUCCACGACUUGAGCGUAGAGCCUUUUGCCCUAAAUAUCCUGCAAAACGGUCCCAACAGAAGCUGGCCAGCAAACUAUGUUGCUGCUAUUGAAGAGCUCAAGGAGGAAGCAAAGAAGGACAAAAGUCGCAACCCUCAGUGUCAUGUGAUCUUUAUCUCCACCCCAGACGACGCCAUUAUUCAAGCUCUAAACCAAGCCUCGAUAUAUCCCGAUUUCUUAUAUCCCCAACCUGGACUCAAGCUAGAAUACAGCGACCGUUUCAACACCCAGAUCGCGGCCGGCGAUCGAAGAGUGGAAUCCGCGGGCCCGAUCAUUGCCAACUGGCUGAGAUUCUUGACCUUGUAUUCGGAAAACCAACCUUUGGCAUCGAAAAAGUAUGUCCUGCAGAGGGGUCAAUAUCUCGGGGAUGUGAUCGACGCUAUCCUUUCGCGUCACUUACGAAACGACCAGGCAGAAUGUAAGUUGUCAUACUUGUCUAGCUAG